GUGCGCGUUUGGAAGGCUGCGUUUUGGGCCGGCUGAAAAAGUCUGCUUUUUACCCAGUCCAAAAAACAGGCUGCGUUUGAGCCUAUAAUACACCCCAGGACGCGCAGGACGCUGCGCAAUGGCGUCUCGGAUACGGCGCUGUAUACGCUGAAACGCGAGGGCGACUAAAACGGGUUAGCAGAGCCGAUAGACAACACCAGAAGGCCUGGUUCUCUCCGCCAUGUUAGCCGCGACGAGGAUACCCCGCGCCCUCGCCGCGCUGGCCGAGGGCCCCACAGCUUUGUAUACGCGCGGCGACGCCGUCGCGACGGCCCAUCCCGUGCUCUUUGGCAUGGUUUGCGCGGGCUUGAAAACGGUGGCCGCCGACCUGACCGUCCAGACCGUGGUAGAAAAAAAACAACUGCAUGAAGUAGACAAACGAAGAACUAUUACUUUUGGGCUCUUCGGCGUGGGUUACUUGGGAGGUAUACAGUACGCGGUUUUUAACAAAGUCCUGCCGGCCAUGUGGCCGCGCGCGUCGAACUUCGCCAUGCGGAGCUCCCACGACAAAAUAAACAACACGAAGGCUCUACGGAGCCUAGUUGGUUUAGUUGCUACCGAACAACUCAUUCAUACACCGUUUGUUUUUUUACCGUGCUUCUACAUGACCAAGGAGGUCGUCGAGGGCGACGGUAAUGUUGAUGUUGCUUUGACGAAGUGGCGCAGAAAUAUAAUCCCGGACAUGUGCGCGGACAUGGUCAUCUGGGUGCCCUCGAACCUUGUUAAUUUUGCGUUCGUCCCCCAACACUUCCGCGUGCCGUUCGUCGCGCUGACGUCGUUCGCCUACACGAUGGUGCUGUCGUUCAUGCGCGGCGGCCAGAAGCGCGAUGUUGUCGUCGAGGAGCCUGUCGUGCUCGAAGAAGCGCCGGUUAUUGAGCCGCUCGCGGCCGUCGCGUGCGUCGCCGCGACGCCGUAGAAUUUGCAGAAGAAGACCCCCCCGCCCGUGUGCAUUGCUGUAGCAUGCUGUUGCCGCUCGUUCGUACUAAGAAACAUGUAGAUA